CCUAGAAAGUAGUUCCGCAGCGCGAGGGACUAAGAAGAUCACCUUGAGCCUCGUCUCAGUGUUCAGCGGCAGUUACAUCUUCAUAAGCAGAGGUUCGACGAGUCACGGACUUCAGCAGUGAUCGCCAUGCCUCAGUUAAAGACUCCAGACCUAGGCUCCGCCUUCAUCCAGACGCAGCAGCUCAACGCCUCCAUGGCCGACACCUUCCUGGAACACAUGUGCCUGCUGGACAUCGACUCCGAGCCCACCAACGCACGCAACACCGGCAUCAUCUGCACCAUCGGGCCGGUGUCUCGUUCUGUGGAAAUGCUGCAGGAGAUGAUCAAGUCCGGAAUGAACAUUGCUCGCAUGAACUUCUCCCAUGGCACGCAUGAGUACCACGCUGACACCAUCAGGAAUGUGCGCACGGCGUGCGAGAGCUUCGAGCCCGGCAGCAUCCAGUACCGGCCCAUCGGCAUCGCCCUGGACACCAAGGGCCCCGAGAUCAGGACCGGCCUCAUCAAGGGAAGCGGCGAGGCCGAGGUGGAGCUAAAGAAGGGCAACAUGAUCAAGAUCACCCUGGACGACACUUAUCAGGAUGACUGCAGCGCCGAGAUCCUCUGGCUGGACUACAAGAACAUUCCCAAUGUGGUCGAGAUCGGAAGCAAGAUCUACAUCGACGACGGACUCAUGUCCCUUCAGGUCAAGGAGAUUGGUUCUGACUUCCUCAUGUGCGAGAUUGAGAACGGCGGCACCCUGGGCAGCAAGAAGGGCGUGAACCUCCCCGGCGCCGCCGUGGACCUGCCCGCCGUCUCGGAGAAGGACAUCGAGGACCUCCUGUUCGGCGUGGAGCACGGCGUCGACAUGAUCUUCGCCUCCUUCAUCCGCAAGGCGGCGGACGUGCACGCCGUCAGGGCGGUGCUGGGGGAGAAGGGCAAAGACAUCAAGAUCAUCAGCAAGCUGGAGAACCACGAGGGUGUACGCAGGUUUGAUGAGAUCAUGGAGGCCAGCGACGGCAUCAUGGUCGCCCGCGGCGACCUGGGUAUCGAGAUCCCCACAGAAAAGGUCUUCCUCGCCCAGAAGAUGAUGAUCGGCCGCUGCAACAGAGCCGGCAAGCCGAUCACCUGCGCCACUCAGAUGCUGGAGAGCAUGAUCAAGAAGCCCCGCCCCACCCGGGCCGAGGGCAGCGACGUGGCCAACGCCGUGCUGGACGGCGCCGACUGCAUCAUGCUGAGCGGAGAGACCGCCAAGGGGGACUACCCUCUGGAGGCGGUGCGCACGCAGCACAUGAUUGCCCGUGAGGCCGAGGCGGCCAUGUUCCACCGGCAGGUGUUCGAGGACCUGCGCCGCUCCACGCCGUACUGCAAGGACCCGGCCGAGGCCAUCGCCAUCGGCGCCGUGGAGGCAUCCUUCAAGAGCUUGGCCUCCGCCUUGAUCGUGCUCACCGGCUCUGGAAGGUCCGCCCACCUGGUCUCCAGGUACCGGCCCCGUGCGCCCAUCCUGGCCGUGACCCGUAACGCCCAGACGGCCCGCCAGGCCCACCUGUACCGCGGCAUCUUCCCCGUGCUCUACACCGAGCCGCCCCACGACGUGUGGGCCGAGGACGUCGACCUGCGCGUGAACUUCGCCAUGGACAUGGGCAAGGCGAGAGGCUUCUUCAAAGCCGGAGACGUGGUGAUCGUCCUGACCGGCUGGCGCCCCGGCUCCGGUUACACCAACACCAUGCGCGUGGUUCAGGUGGCCUGAACGGCCCCCAGGGGGCGCCGCUCCACUUCCUCCCUCCUUCAUCUACCUUUCAGAGCUCUCUAUUCCGCUCCAGCGCGACUCCACUGCUGAACAAUUAAAUCUAUUUAGGCAAUAAUGCAAUGUGCAUAGAAAAUAAAUAACCACCACCACCACGUGGUCAAAGAGCUGGUUCUGCUUCCGGAGGCUCGAUUCCACUUUGUCUCCAUUCCUUUUUUAAAUGUUUUAUUUUGUCCAUGUAACCCCAGUCUGCAAGGCCUCAGAUGAAAACACCCUGUGCAGAAAGCUGCUGUAUUUAUUCACUCAAACACUGAUAUUUAAGGUGAUCCGGUGAGAGUGAAUGCAUCCCGGCUCUCGUUCGGGUGGAGUCGGUGGGCGGAGCGCCUCGAGUACUGUAGCUUCUAAUCGCACUCCCUCUGCCGACGGAACGAACAAAUUUGUGGCGCCACAAACACGCGCACCCUCAAAAAAAAAAUCGAAGGGCUCCUCCUACAGGACUGCACUGGCUCCACCCGAACAGCCCCUCCCCCACCCUGUCAACGCCGUCGCUGUAUCUGUACGUGUUGCACUCCAAUGUUACAUCUGAUAUUCUACUUGACUUUUGUUUUGGGACAUCCGACCCGGCGUAUAUUUUGUCUGAAAUGUCGGCGUUGGGUGUCCGGAGGUGUUUGAGUGAGUUACUGUAUUUGUGAUAUUAAAUAGGUCAUAAAAAGGCUUUUUUUCUCCCCGCAUUUGGAUCACAUGUAAGUCGACACUUAUGAAUCACGUGAGGUUCACUGACGUCGACGAAUAUGAAUAUGCACUUUGAGAGUUUAUUUCCUCGGGUACCGAGCGUCGGUGGUCCACUGUCGUCGUCUUCUUGUAACGCUAGAGUCACAACGAAUGUGUAGCUGAGCUGUCCUAAGACUGAAAUUCCAUCAAUAAAAAAAAAAUACGAACACCUAA